AUAUGUCGACUCCAACCUCACAAGGACAAGUAAGUUAAUUAAGGUUCCAAGUUAGUAAUUUUUUGGUGUUUGAAUUGAAGAUCAAGGGCCAUGGCUUCAGGAUCCAAAUCAGUAGCUUCUAUCCUCUUGGUACUGAAUCUAGUGUUGUACUUCAUUGUGCUUGUUAUUGCUUCUUGGGCAGUGAACCAUGGGAUUCAAAGGUCUGGCGAAACAGCAUCUGUUUUGUCCAUUCCAGCUCGAAUAUUUCCAAUAUAUUUCCCAAUGGGAAACAUGACAACUGGUUUUUUCGUAAUUUUCUCUCUCGUUGCUGGUGUUGUGGGAUUCACCACCUCACUCACUGGAUUGCAAAACAUUCUCCAGUGGAAUGCUCCCAACUUACAUGCAGCAGCUAUGUCUUCAUUGACUACAUGGGCACUCACUCUACUGGCUAUGGGAUUUGCAUGCAAAGAGAUUGAACUUGGCUGGACAGACUCCAACCUGCGCACCUUAGAAACGAUCACUAUAAUUGUAAGCGCAACACAACUGUUAUGCACGGGAGUUAUCCAUGUUGGAGUUUCAGAAGUUGUUGCGCAGAGAAUGGGAGGAAGAGUAUGAGUUUCAGUUUCAGCUGCGGCAUAUACGAAUACUCUCUUUCAGAAAUAAUUGAUUUCACAAAGUAACUCUUUUUCAGCAGCUAUGUCUUCAUUGAUUUCAGUUUCAGAAUUAAUUGUAACUCUUUUUUUCUUUUCACAAAGUUGUUUCGUUCUUUCAUGUACGAGGGAAAAUAAUUAUUUUGUAACUAUAUCUUUAGUUUCAUUUGAGGAAACUUAUAAAUACGUUUUUUUUUUUAAAGAAAAGGAGCAUUCCGAAAAUCGAACUCGGGACCUCUCGCACCCAAACUGAGAAUCAUAUCACUAGAACAAAUGCCCAUAACACCGUUUAUUUGUUUACUUAAAAUUCUUCGUGCAAUAUCUAUAUAUAUCCUAUUCCAAUAAAAUCAACAUCUGUCAAUAUAACAGGAUGACAUGAAUAUCUCAGUAAAAAAAAGAAAGGAUGACAUAAAUUAAUAUUGAAUAAUUAAGAAGCACUCAAGCAGUGAACGGUCUGCUACAAUAGCUUCGUUAACAUUUAUGAUUUGGAUUCGAUCCACGUGCCGGAAUUGUAAUAUCACUGGCAUCCAUUUAUGAUUUGGAGAAGCACAAGUCUCGUAGAGUGUUAUACAAAGGUUACAUUUCUAAGCUGUUCGUACCAUACCAAGACCCAACAGAUGAUUUUUACUACAAGACUUUCUUUGAUUCUGGAGAGUUUGGGUUUGGUCUCUCCACUGUCUCGUUGGUGCCCAACCGUGACUAGAUACAUAUGUUCACACUGCUCAAGAACGCUAUCUGUGUCUUUGAACAAUAUGGCAGCAUCAUGUGGCGUCACACAGAAACAGGCAUUCCCAAUGAAUCGUUCGCCGAAACUAGAAUGGAAGUGAACUUAGUGCUAAGAACAGUUGUUACUGUGGGCAACUACGACAAUUGGGAGUUUAAAACAAGUGCCUCAAUCAAG